AUGAGCAGUAAUAAAGUUAAUAAAACAAAACUUAUUUCAUAUAAAGAAAAAAAAGGUAGAGUCUAUAUCAAAAGCUGGGAUAAAGUUCUAAAAGGUGAUUCUCUCAAGAAAGAAUUAUUAGCAGCCACUAAAGCUUACGUUGAAUCUAGUAAAAAAUUAAAAGGAAUUAUUGGGGAAGAUAAUAUCAUUCAUAAUACUUUUAUUGGAAUGAAAAAUAUUGAAGAAUUAGAAAAAAGUAGUGACAAUGAGAAUGUCGCUGUAAAAGCCACAGUAGAGAAUUGUAAAAGAUUAACAGAAUUGGUCAAUUUAACCGGUAAACUUAUUCAUAAACAUGGCAUUGAUAUUAUUUUAAUUCAAAAUACAAAAAGACAAAUUUUUAGAGCCAUAUAA